AUGGCUUCACGUCGUCGUGCUGUCAAGAAGGGUGUGUCCUUCUGUCUGAUGGUUGUCGGUGCUAGCGGCACUGGCAAAACCACGUUUGUGAACACAUUGUGCGAUACAAACGUGAUUGAACACAAGGACAACGAUCCGCAAGCGGCCAACAUCGAAACUGGCCUUCAGAUCCAGCCUGUCAACCUCGAGAUCGAAGCAGAGGGUAUGCGCAUCGGCCUGACCGUUGUCGACACGCCUGGCUUUGGCGACAGUGUAGACAACGAGUAUAUGUUCGACGAGAUUCUUGGGUUUUUGGAGCGUCAAUACGAUGACAUCCUUUCCGAAGAGACCCGUAUUCGCCGCAACCCGCGUUUCCGCGACAAUCGUGUUCAUGCGCUGAUUUACUUUAUCCAGCCGACAGGUCACGGACUGAAGGAAAUCGACAUCGAGCUUUUGAGGAAGCUGAGCCCGAGGGUGAACGUUAUUCCCGUGAUUGCGAAGGCCGACUCGUUCUCACGCCAGGAGCUGCAUGAUUUCCGCAAGCGCAUCAUGGAGGACAUCGAAUACUACGGUAUCCCCAUUUACAACUUCCCCUUCGACCCCGAGGAGGACCACCCCGACACGAUUGCAGAAAACAGCGAGCUGCGCUCGCUUUUGCCAUUCGCUAUCGUGGCCUCGGAAGACUCUGUGCUAGUCAAUGGCGAGUACGUCCUUGGGCGUGCGUACCCUUGGGGUACUGUGGAAGUUGAAAACCCAGAGCACUGUGACUCUAACCGCUUGCGAAGUGCCUUGUUUGGUACGCACCUGAAUGAUCUCAAGGAGAUCACGCACGACUUCCUGUACGAGAACUACCGUACAGAGAGGCUCUCUCGUGGUGGCUUGCCCCAGGGCUACCAGGGCGAUCAAUCCGCUCCAAGCGAAGAAUUUACGGCCAGCCAGAGUGUGCGUCUCCGCGAAGAGGCACUGCGCCGAGAGGAGGAGAAGCUCAGGGAGAUUGAGCUCCGCGUCCAACGGGAAAUUAUGGAGAAGCGCCAAGAACUGCAGGCCAAAGAAGAAUCGCUCCGGUCGCUUGAAAGCCGCGCACAGCAGUAA